UUAGAUAAGAGUUCCUAAAUAUUAAAGCUGCAUUAAUUUUUGAGGAAUGUGGUAGAAACUGGUGUUUUAGUGCGCAGAACCAGCGGCAGAACCUAGAGAGCUACGGGUGUGCUCUAUCCAUAUACACGUAUCCACAGAUGCUAUCCAGGUGGCGCAACGAGCGCAAGCAGCGAAACAAGCGCACGCACGCACAAACGCCACAAACGCUGGUUGAAACUCGGCAACAUGAAGAUGGCUGACAGUGCGGGUGUUCUUCGGCGGAAUCGACCGGGAACAAAAGCCGAGAAUUUCUCAAGCUGGCCCGAUGAGCCGUUCGACGAAAUGGACAGUACACUCGCUGUUCAACAGUUCAUUCAGCAAGCGAUCCGGAAGGACCCUACAAAUGUCGAUGAAAUCUUGACGCCGCCCGAUGGCCAGGAUGAAGGAGUGUGGAAGUACGAGCAUCUAAGGCAGUUCUGCAUGGAGUUAAAUGGUCUUGCAGUCAAGCUGCAGGUAUGUGAGGCCGAGUGCAAUGCAGACAGCUGCACCCAAAUGACGGCCACGGAACAGUGGAUAUUCCUUUGCGCUGCCCACAAGACGCCCAAAGAGUGUCCAGCCAUUGACUACACGCGGCAUACCCUUGAUGGAGCUGCGUGCCUCCUCAACAGCAACAAGUACUUUCCAAGCCGAGUUAGCAUCAAAGAUUCCUCGGUAGCAAAGCUAGGUUCUGUGUGCCGGAGAGUUUACCGGAUAUUUUCUCACGCAUACUACCAUCACAGAGCCACGUUUGACGAGUUUGAGAAGCAGACUUGCCUCUGCCGCCGUUUUACCACGUUUGUGACCAAGUAUAACCUGAUGUCAAAGGACAAUCUCAUCGUUCCAAUCCUUGACGAGGAACUCACCGCUGGAGAGAGUGAAGCCUGAGACGGUCCUGCCAAAAACAAGCAGCGCGGAACAUGCACUCUGAUCUUCCUGCUCAGCAGACAUUUGCUCUUAUUGGCCGGGACGCUGGCCGCCUGGUCUCUGUCCCUGUGCAUUUCUCCCAGUAGUAUUGUUUCAGCUGUCACUUCUGCAUGUCUCACUCUUUUGGCAUGCCCUCACCGACACAGACCGAUAUCGACCUCUGUCGCGCUAGUGCCGUGUGUGUGUGCUCUAGAAGUUGUUUUAGCUGUGCACAUCCAUCCACAGCACUGUGUGUUAGCAUAGGCGUGCCAUGAUUUCUGCGUGGUGGCAGAAGUGACUGCUUGAGUGGAUUGCGUUGGGUGGAGGAAUAGUUGCUGUCUGGUAGCAUGCACAAUGAGGAGAGAGGAUUCGGGGAAAGCUGUGCUGUAUAUGUGCGAAUGCACUUUCUUUCUCCUUCUCUAUUCCCCUCUCCCUUGACUUUCUACUGUUGCUUUUCGAGUGUGGAACUGUCCAUUGGAUGAUGCGGUGAGCACGUUAUUAGAAAAAAUUGACUGCGUAUGUGAGUAUUUAGCUUUAUUAUUUAUUUUCUCCCUACACGUGCCUGUGAAGAAGUCCGAUAGUGCAAAUGCUGGUAGCACGUAGAGUACUGUGAGAUGGUUCUUGCGGUAAUGUGGAGACUGGUUCAUACUGUUAAAUAUCUUGAGAAUGCCAGCCCUUCUCCCCUGAUUAUGAAUAACUUUUUCAUAUGCGAAAACCAUGAUAUGCUGUUCAUAGCAGUUGGUUUAUGUAGUUACAUGAUCAUCAGAAUAACAACACGUGGGCUUGUGGUAUCGCCUUUUAGUAGCCAGCCUAUUUAUGUGCUGUAAAAAGAAGACUUUUGUUUUUUGAAAUGCGAAUCCCAAGUGUUAUCUUAAGUGUGUAGUUUUGGAUCUGUGCACAUGUCUGUCUUGUAAGCUCAUUUUGCAUGUGCUUGUGUCUUUUGCACAGCACUGGCCUUCUGUGUUAGAGAUGCAUAUCGUAAUUAAGUGAGGAGGUGGUAUCUAAUAGCUCCACCAUUUUCUGCCUGUAUUUAGUUGCUUCGAUUUUGUGUGCAGUUUACCCAUGCCUAGUCCAAGUAGUGCACUAAAUGUUUUUUUUUUUUUUUUUUACAUUUUGUGACGUUGAAACACAUUAGCCAAUUUCGUUGGUUACCAACUGUUGUGCAAAGGGAUAGUACUUAUUACUGACACAUGUGGCUUAAUAAAAUCCUGGUCGAGGUGUGGAUCCUUGUCUGAACAACAUUUACCAUGCUUUCGCAAAAUAUUUAGGUGACCUGCAUAAAAGAUGCAAAUGUAUCAAAGUUCGCAUGGGUCUCUUUGGGGCAAGGGCAAUGUGUUGCAAACCUGCAAUAGAAAUUUGCCUCCGAGCACUGCUAGCACUCUAAGGCGGUCUCUGAAUAGUCAUUCUACAGUGCUUCAGGAGUCAUGUAAGGCAGUGGUAAGCUUUAUUAUAAGGUGAAGCUGACUGCAAUAGCUAUAAUAAAACCUGGUGAUGACUUUUAGGGGAUGCUUAUCCUCGGAGUGGAGCUUGAAUUUUAUGUUUCACGAACCUUUGCCACUGUCGCAGAGCUUUGAAAUGACCCUGUCAAAGGGGGCCACAAGUUGGGUGCAUCAGAAAGCUUGUGUUGGGCCUUUAUUCGGCCAGGGAGUGCUGCACUUUCUAAGAAAGAGUAUGUGUUGUCAUCCGUAGUCACACUACCAAAUUGCAUGUUAGAUUACUAUGCGCAGAUGCACUCAAAGAGCAACCUACAGGCACUGAAGCUGUCUUUAUCUCCCACGUGUAUAAUUGCGACAAAAAUCAACUAUGGCUGUGUGUCUAAGCUAGGGUUAAAGGAUGACUAACAAAAUUUCACUUUGGGUAAAUUGGUUAUAUAUAUGAGUAACAUACUAUUGAAGCAUUCUUUUAGCAAAGCUGCAGGGCUGGUAAUUGUCCAAUUUUCUUGUCAACAUCCUUCAAAUGGCACCCAAGCAGAAAAUGGUAGUGAGCAGACCUGGCGAGCGGAUAUGGUAUAAAUCCCUGAUCAUGGCUUCAGAGAUUUUCGGCACGCCACAGGUGCCGGCCAGUCUCGGAGGUCACGCCAACUGGUAGAACGUUCCGUGUCAUUUCUGGCAAAUGCUACGGUGGUGGUAUUGUCAGUCUCGGUAUCAGAAAUGUCUAUUUUUGCUAGCUUUUCGUGACGCAUCUGUUAAUAUUUCAAGCGUGAAAUUUUGCAUGGAGGCUGCUGUAUAUCUGCUCCAUCUGAAACAAGGCCUUUCAUGUAACCUGAACUUUCGUUGCAGUUUGUCUUUUAAUAGCGUAGCAUUUAGUACCGUAUGUUGUAUUGCUGGAAGUUUUGCAUUAGCAGUGUGGCAGUUGAGCUCCCCUCGUGCUUGGUCUUCCAGGGUCUUGCAAAGCUGCUUCUUUGCUUGUUCACUGUGUACAUAUUCCUUCAGACUGCAGAAUUUGCUAUUUGUUUAUACAUAAGGUCGUAUUAAGUGUGUUGUCCCUACUGGAAUGCGAGGCUGUGCUAUGAAUUCCAACCAUUGAUGUCUGUGCUUCAGUGCACUCUUGAGCUGGAUUCACGUGAUGGAUGUGGUCGUAGUUGAAUCAGUCAGGUGACGUACGACAUCGGAUCGCAUAGCAGCUAGUAAUUAGUGUCACAGUGGAGAAGAGCAAACGACAUUGUACACCUGACCAUACGCUGACUUCCUGAAACGUAGGCAACGUUGCAAAAGUGUCGGAAUGCUGCGUGCGUUUACUUGCAGCCAUUGAGCAGCAUGAGCUACAUGUUUGUUUCGCCCGUUUCAAUUCGAUUAUGACUUGAAUUGGAUUGAAGAUGAUUGCUGCCAGACUAAGGCAGAUCACCAUCAGUAUCUUGGUAGUUCUUGCCAAAAAUUCCAGUGGUGAUUUACCUUUUGGUUGUAUCGCAAAUCGCUUUACAAUGACUGAGUGAGCACAUCGGGAAUUGGGUGAUGGAGGGUCUCCUGGAAGAAACUUGAACAUAAACGUGUGCAGCCCCCUUUUAUUUAAUUUUUUUUAAAAUUAAUUUUGAUUGUUUUGGUUUUGCAAGCGCAGCUUCAUUGGCCAUGUUUGGAAAGUCAUCUAAAACUGCAGAUCAGUAGUAGAUUGGUUAAAGUGGGCUGUGCUCGAUAUAAAAGCCUUAGCGCAUUCUUCAACAUGCACAGCUUUUUUGUUGGGUUAUUAUGGCAUCUUCGGAUGGCCGCUGUGAUCCUCCAAAUCCAAGCAUACAAAUUCCGGAGUCACUCUCAAUCCAAGUAGGAGGUAUCGUGUGCCAACCAAACAGCUGGCUUCUUUUCAGAGCAGUUAGAGGUAGAGUCCCCCUUCGCGAGCACAACCAAAGGAACUGGUUGGGUCAUGUGGCUCGAAACGACCAUAUUUGUAGAAUGCUUCGAUAGCGAUACUGGUAGCGCCUUUUGGGAGUCCGGCGAUUGGAAAGAUCCAUCCGAAUGUAGCCAGAGUGCCCCUUUUCGACCAUCCAAACAAGCUCAGCCUUUUGGGAGUGCUUUAGAGCGCUCGAAAACGACCAUCCAAAGAUGCCUAUAGCCUUCAGCUUUGCAUCUCGGAAAAUUGUACCAAAUCUUUCUUAGUUUGUACAAAUUUUUUUUUAACCUUGCCUGCGACAGAUAGCGCUGUACCAUCUCUUCAGGUGCAAUUCUGGAAAAGAUGGCUAAUGUGCAGGUGGCUAAUUAAAAAUAUUCAAUAAUGAGCUUUUUAAUUAUCCACUUUAGGGCACGCAUUGCAAGUGUAAAAUUGAAGCUGUGCUAUAAUGGAAUUUAUGCUUGCUUGGAAGAAGUCGCAAGACCAGCACUACUUUCGAGGUAUUCAGCCUAAACUAAAAUAUUGGCAUUGCAAUGAAUAGUUCUACAAAAGCAUGUGUAGAUGAAUUUAGGAUGAUCUUCCUGGAACGCUAAUGGAUUUUUCAGCAGAUUUUGGCGAUGGGUACCUUGAAUCUGGUGCUAGUCUUAGGAUUUCUGCUUUUAUAACAGGCAUGACUUAGCUACUACUCGGUUUAAAUUUGCAAUUAAAACAUGUGUCCUAAACUGAAUAAUUAAAGAAAGUUUAUUGGUGAAUGUUUUUGAAUAGCCACCUGGGGACAUGCAAUUUAUUGUGUGCCUCUUUGGGAAACCCACCGGAACAAACUGGAUUGUGCUGUACGCUCCAUGCAAUGUCUUAAAAAUUUGUUCAAUGUUCAAAAAUAUUAUACAUGGGAUGAAAAAUGUAGUGUGUCUGGCCGAAAUGGCAACGUUGCAGUGCUACUUACACUGUUCAUCUGUGACUUCUGCACAGGAAAAUGUUCUGCAGUCGUGGCCUCUUCGUGCAUUGUGCAGUCUUUUCUGUCAUUUGUGAACCUAGAUUGUUGCAAAUUUUCUUUAUAAUAUUAGUGUGGCGCGACUAUACUUUUUUUUUUACCAGGAUUAAGAAACGCACAUUUUAAUGCUGGCAGCAUCCAAGAUCAAUAAAAAGAAAUGUAAACAAUGGAA